UUAUUACUUGUCAUUUUACGGAGUGAUGUGAUCCGGUCUGUGUAUAUAUAAACUGAGUAUGUUUGAAACAUGUGAUUCAUAUAGUGGAAGCUGAAAUUUCUGUUCUGUAAUCAAUGGGGACAAGAUGACUCUAGACUGUUCAUACUGAUUACCACAUUAUUGAUUUGGCACAAUGCCAAAAUCAUAUAAGUCAAUGUUCUAAUUGUUGAUUUUGGUCACUUAGUUAAUCAACAGAGCAUAAUUAUUUUACAUUUAAUUCAAUCAUGAUCAUGAUUAUCGUUAUCACUUGAUAAACAAUCAAGUCUUAUUGUUCAUAUGUCAUCCAAUCUAUUACAAUAUUUAAAAUAUCAAUCUAAAUUGUUUAAAAAAUUGUAGGCAAUUUGUAGUUUGCAUACAUUUAUGAUAUUGUUUAUCAUGAUUGAAUAUGAUGAAAUUAACAAUGAUUUUAUUAUUAUUAUUAUUAGUAGUAGUAGUAGUAAUAGUAGUAUUGGUAGUGGUAGUCGUAGUAGUAGUAGUAGUAGUAGUAGUAGUAGUAGUAGUAUUAGUGGUGGUGGUGGUGGUAGUAGUAGUAAUAGUACUUAA